UCUUUUUCAGCCCUGGUGCCUGGACACACCACAUCUACUCCUUCUCCCUCAUUCCCCAAAAAAACAACAACUAAUAGUAGCAAAUAGGAGAAAUGAGCACCGAAAAGCCGAUUUUCUCUAAAGGAGAGAACUGCAAGCAAGGCUGGCACGACGCGAGCGCCGAUUACAAUGAAUCCGACACACACCUCGAGAUUUUGGGCAAACCUGUUAUGGAGCGUUGGGAGACUCCGUACAUGCACUCGCUCGCAACAGUCGCAGCGUCAAAAGGUGGACGUGUCCUUGAGAUAGGCUUUGGCAUGGCUAUAGCUGCCUCUAAAGUUGAAUCUUUUCCUAUUGAGGAACACUGGAUUAUUGAAUGCAAUGACGGUGUAUACCAGAGGUUGCAGGAAUGGGCCAAGUCUCAACCACACAAGAUUGUUCCUCUGAAAGGCCUAUGGGAAGACGUGGUUCCCACUCUCCCUGAUGGUCACUUUGAUGGAAUCCUAUAUGACACAUAUCCCUUGUCAGAGGAAACAUGGCAUACUCACCAGUUUAACUUCAUUAAGGCCCAUGCUAAGAGGCUGCUGAAGUCUGGUGGUGUCCUCACCUACUGCAACCUUACCUCCUGGGGUGAACUGCUCAAGUCCAAAUACGACAACAUAGACAAAAUGUUCCAGGAAACACAGGUGCCUCAGCUGGUGGACGCUGGAUUCAAAAAGGAGAAUAUUAGCACCACACUGAUGGACAUCAGUCCACCAAGCGACUGCAAAUACUAUUCCUUCAACAAAAUGAUUACACCAACUAUACUUAAAGAAUAAGCUACAAGCCCAGACUGCCUGCAUACAUACCCAUCAACUGUGCUUAUUGUGUGUUGCAAUUUUUAAAAAAUGCUAUCUGUUGUAUAGGAAAAAUACAAAAAAAAAAAAAAAAAGAAUUUUGUAUAAUUGAAAUUGUGGGGGUCAUGAAACAUGCAUACA